AUGCACAACGAAGAGGUUCUUGAAGACGUAAAGGCUGCGGAUAUCACAGAUGCUAAAUGUAUAACGCAACACCCAGGAUUUAAUUGCUUUUGUUUGCAAAAGUGGAGUUUAAAGAUGUCUGCAGAUGGCUAUAAAACCAAAAGUAAAGCCAGAUAUCGCCAACUGGAGGGAGAGAACAGGUUAGAACUGCAUUGAUUGCUCAACUACUUGUGAUAUAUAAUAUUACCAGAAAUAGUAAAAGACAAAAUCAUUUUGUACUGGCAUUUAAUAAAUUGUUGCCCUGUUUCUAGAUUCCUGCGCAGUGUCUCGUACAGAGGAUUUACGAGGAUGGUUUAUCGAUUCCUCGGAAAUAAAAGGAUACCUCUGCCAGCAUGUGCCUACAUGGCUAUUAGAAAAACAUUUCCUGUUAGUGAAAAAGAAGAAUUUACUGGCUAUGUUGAUGAAUCUGACUGA